AUGCACGAGACCGAGAAUCAGACACCAGGACCGACCCCUAUCGUUCGAGUGCGCAGCGGUGCCCAGGCCACGCUGCUGUGUCCUCUCGGGCACGCUGCCGGUAGCGGCGGCGAAGGCACCUCCUCCCCGGUGUUGGCGCUUCGGUGGUCCAGGGUGGACGGGCCUUCACCCCGCCAGAUUUACGCCGUGGACGGCCGUGGGCGCGGUGGCGACGUCUGGCAGGCGGAGCACGUCGUGGACGCCGACUGGGCGACGCGUUCCUACUUCUCCAUCCACAACGACCCGGCACUGCUCAAGAUCGGGCGCGUGACCCUGGUGGACUCGGGAACGUACGUGUGCACGGUGGCCUACCGGGACGGCCGGGAAGCGAACACCACGACCGUUCAUCUCUCCGUUAUGAAAUUGACGUUCAUAAUACAUCUUAUGCGAUUUAUCAGUGGUACAACAUGGGGCGCCACUGUAGGCUGCCUACAGAGACUGUUUGAGGCCUUCUUUCUUGGACUUCUGAGAUACCACUUGCCUAUUCUGAACAACACCUGUGCGAGCAAUAUACGAGCUAUCCAGUGCAUUGAAGCCCAAGCUCUACGCGCCUGCUUAGGGCUGCCACGGUGUGCUUCAACGUCCGGGACAAUUGCGGAGGCUCGAAGGUAUCCCAUUGAAGCAUAUAUGAUACAAGAAACUAUACGAUUACAUUUAAGACACCUUACAAGACAUCCGAACCACCAUCUGGCCACGUUACCUUCAGAGAGACCUGAGUCUGCCUUCUCCAAAACGAUAACGAAACACAAUAUUGUUCCAAGUGACCUAUUUCCUGUACAGAAAGACGAAAUACCACCAUGGACCUUUCUGAAGCCGAGAAUAACGUUAUACGUAAAAGGUAUACAUAAGAAGACGUCCAUUCCAUCUCCAGUUCUCAAACAACUGACAUUAGGAGUCAUCAAUGAAGCAUACGGCUUGUCCACACAUAUAUACACCGAUGAGUCGUCCUCUGAAACACUGUCUGGAAUUGGAGUUGUCAUACCUGCCCACAACCAUACCGUCAAGAUGAAGAUAAGGCAUCGAACGACAUCAACGGCUUCCGAAUUAGCUGCCAUACGAGAAGCAAUACGGUACAUUAUGUCUCGAUCACCGCAACCAUGGACAAUCUUCAGUGACUCAAAGUCAGCAUUACAAAUAAUACAGACUUUCAUGAAGCGCAAUGCGUACGACCAACUGGCAUAUCAGGUAUCCGCUCUCUGCCAUCAAGCCCUCGUAAAGGGCCACCAGAUUUCUACUCAGUGGAUACCAGGUCACUGUGGCAUCCCCGGAAAUAAUGCAGCAGACAGAGCCGCCAAGUCAACGAUUAGUGCCGAUUCAAUUCUGAUACCUUACUCCAAAAGUGACAGCAACGCUAAAGUUCAAGCCUUGGCCAAGACAAUUUCAUUAGGACACUGGAUGAACGUAAUAACACACGACCGGAGAUUAUACUUUCUAGACCCCCAACGAACCUUUCGCGUUCCAUCCGGAAUUUCAAGACGACUGGAGACAACUCUGCACCGACUGCGACUAGGUGUAGCA